AACUGUGGAGAAGUGCUCAGAGAGAGAGAGAGAGAGAGAUUUCUUAAUAGCUUCUUUCAACCUCAAGCACAGACUCUCUCUCUAUCUAUCUCACUCAGUCUCUUUCUCUUUGUCUUUCACAUUCACACGCAGAAGCAGACAUAGACAGAGACACAGUCACUUUCUUUUCUGUCUCGGAGAUACAACAAAGAACCAGUAGUUAAGAAGAGAGAGAUUGUUUUAGAACCGGGUUGGUUUUUGUCUUAAAUGAGGAUUGUGUCGCAGAGUGACGGUGCAGUUUCCAUGGCGGCUUUGCAGAGCUCUAAUUCCGUGUUGUUAUUAUGACUUGGAACUCCGAACGAAGCUGCAACCAUCUCUGUUAUUAUUAUUAUUUUACCCUAAUAAUAAUCUAAAUUUUUCAUCGAAAAGCUGCAAGUAACCACUCGCAGAGCGUCAGAAUCAUACAAAAUCAGAAAUGGCAGGGUGGUUCUACUUAGGAGGAGGAAGCAGUAAACAAGAAGAAGAAGAUAAAGAAGAAGGUCUUUAUUUGUACAGAUCAAACGAGGAGAUCUACAACAACAAAGGGUUUGAAAUAUGGCCACAGUAUCAUCAUCAUCAGCAGCAGCAACAGCAAAAUAUGAACAAUUAUGUUUCGUUUGGAGUGAGUCCUGGUCGAAGAAACUUGAUAAACGUUUCCGAUGACUUGUCAAGAUCGGGUUUUCCUGUGACGAGACAAGGCGGAGGAAUGAACUGCCAAGAUUGUGGUAAUCAAGCGAAGAAAGACUGUGUUCAUUUGAGAUGCAGAACUUGCUGCAAAAGCCGAGGGUUUCAGUGCCAAACACACCUCAAGAGUACCUGGGUUCCUGCUGCUAAAAGGCGGGAGAGGCAGCAACAACUGUUAUCUUUGCAACGACAACACCAGCAACAGCAACAGCAGCAACAACAACAGCAUCAGAAUAAUCAAGAAGAAGAAGAAGAAGAAGAAGAAGAACAACAACAACAACACUUUCGAGGAGAGAAUCCUAAAGGGCAGAGAGAGAAUCAAGGGUUGGAACUGAGUCAAUUUCCGUCUGAAGUUAAUUCUCCAGCAGUCUUCCGUUGCGUAAGAGUGAGCGCCAUGGAUGAUCCAGAAGAGCAGUACGCGUAUCAAACGGCUGUUAACAUUGGAGGACAUCUUUUCAAGGGAAUUCUUUACGAUCAAGGCCCUGAAACUCGUUACACCACUGGAGGGGAGACCUCUCAGCAAUUGAAUCUUAUCACUGCAGCAGCCCCUACAGUAACUACUAACACAGCAACAACACCCACUUCUACCAACCCUUCUGCCACCACUUUAAUUGAUCCAUCAUUUUACCCAGCUCAACUCAAUGCUUUCAUGGCUGGUACGCGAUUCUUUCCACCGCCCCCAAGGUCUUAAUAAGAGAACUAGCUGCUUCCACUUGAGCUUUUAAAGAAGCUUCAUUUGUCAAGCACCACCGAAUCUAAAUUGUUGUCUUAUGUGGUUCUGGUAGAUCUUUAACACCCGAUGAGGUAUAAAGCACCCAAUGAUAUAUAUGGUAAGGAUGCUGGUUUUGUUCGAAUUUCAAUAGAGAUUUUCUGGGUUUAAUUUUUAUAUUAUCAAUGACACAGUAUUGGCUUUCUUUCUGAGAGCAGCUUUGAUAUGGCA